AUGUUUUAUCGAAUCGUACGCUCGGCGUAUCCCUCAUCUCGCGAAUCGACGAACAAAGGUGCUUUCUCGGGCAUUUAUGGACUCCGGUCUGCUGUUCCGUCGGAGUUUUCGUCGGGUAAUGCAGUCAUUUCUUUCGAACACGGCGGACUAGGGUUGGUGAGGAGCUAUUUGACGUCGAUUCGAGGUGGUAAACAAGUCUCGAGGAGUAAUUUGUUCCAGGAAUUCAAGUCGGUGUUUGGAAACCCUAGCCUGCGGAGGACGUUCUGCAGUGAAGCGCCUAAGAAGAAGAAAUACGAAAACUACUAUCCGAAGAACAAGUCUGAAAUUCCAAAAGAAAACAAUCAGAAGUCCAGGGCCGAUGGGGCCAAAGAGGACUCAGGAGCAGGUGAACAAUGGAACAGUUCGGAAAUGUCGGAGUAUUUUCAAAACUACCUUCUUCCCCCAUUGUGGCUUGCUUUUGUGUUUACAUUGGGUGGUCCUAAUGACCAGAAGCAGGGUCCAGUUGGUCAAACGAAUGAUAAAGAACCUGUUGUAGAUCAAGGUGCUCUUGAGGAAAUGGCUGAUGAAAUCGAUGGUUUCGAAGAAAUUAGGGUUCAGGCGAGGGGUCAGUUGGAAAAUGAAGAGAAGAAUAUGGAUUUGGAUGUUAAAUCGGCUGAAGAUAAGGGCGAGACACGAACUAUCCUAUACAUAGGAAGGAGAAGCGGAAUUGGUAUUGGUGGUCCUGGUAUGAAGGGCGGUCGUGGAAUCUUCAAUAUUGGAAAAGCUCAUGUCACUAAGAUGGAUAAAAACUCCAAGAAUAAGGUCUUCUUCAAAGAUGUAGCCGGCUGUGAUGAGGCAAAACAGGAAAUCAUGGAGUUUGUGCACUUCCUGCAGAACCCAAAGAAGUACGAGGAGCUAGGUGCAAAAAUCCCGAAAGGUGCUCUCCUUGUCGGCCCUCCGGGGACAGGGAAAACCCUUCUCGCUAAAGCUACUGCAGGUGAACCUGGCGUGCCUUUCCUCUCGAUAUCUGGUUCGGAUUUCAUGGAGAUGUUUGUCGGGGUGGGGCCCUCGAGGGUACGGAGCCUUUUCCAGGAGGCAAGGCAGUGUGCCCCGAGCAUAGUUUUCAUCGACGAAAUAGACGCAAUUGGCCGGGCCCGCGGCCGUGGAGCUUUCUCAGGAGGAAAUGACGAGCGUGAGAGCACGCUGAAUCAGCUGCUCGUUGAGAUGGACGGGUUCGGGACGACAUCUGGCGUCGUCGUGCUGGCAGGUACUAACCGGCCCGAUAUUUUGGACAAGGCCUUGUUGAGGCCCGGGAGGUUCGAUCGCCAGAUCACCAUUGACAAGCCCGACAUAAAGGGACGAGACCAGAUAUUCCGAAUCUAUCUGAACAAGCUGAAGCUCGACCAGGAGCCUUCGUAUUACUCGCAGAGGCUUGCGGCCCUGACUCCAGGGUUUGCUGGGGCCGACAUUGCUAAUGUCUGUAACGAGGCGGCUUUAAUUGCUGCUAGGACCGAGAGCUCGAUAAUCACUAUGCAGCACUUCGAGUCGGCUAUCGACCGUGUGAUUGGGGGUCUUGAGAAGAAGAACAAGGUUAUCAGCAAGAUGGAGAGGCGGACCGUGGCUUACCACGAAUCGGGCCACGCCGUUGUCAGCUGGUUUCUCGAACACGCCGAGCCGUUGCUGAAAGUCGCGAUUGUCCCUCGUGGGACUGCAGCUCUCGGUUUUGCUCAGUAUGUUCCAAACGAAAACCUUCUCAUGACGAAAGAGCAGCUCUUUGACAUGACAUGCAUGACCCUUGGGGGACGAGCAUCUGAGCAGGUCUUGCUGGGGAAAAUAUCGACAGGGGCCCAAAACGACCUUGAGAAGGUAACUAAAAUGACGUACGCCCAGGUGGCGAUCUAUGGUUUCAGUGAGAAAGUCGGUUUGUUGUCAUUUCCUCAAAGGGAAGAUGGUAUGGAGAUGUCAAAACCGUACAGCAGCAAAACGGCUGCCAUUAUACACAAUGAGGUCAGGGAAUGGGUCGGCAAAGCAUACACUCGAACAGUCCAGUUGUUAGAGGAGCACAAGGACCAUGCGACCAAGAUUGCCGAGCUGCUGCUCGAGAAAGAAGUCUUGCAUCAGGAUGACUUGAUCCGAGUCCUGGGGGAGCGCCCGAUCAAGUCAAGUGAGCCCAUGAAUUAUGAUAGGUUCAAGCAAGGGUUUGAGGAGGAAGAAAUAAAGGAGGAGAGUGGAGAUAGUUUAAACCGUGGAGGAUAA